ACUGAAUGUGUUUUCCAGAAGAUGGCGACCGCUCUGGUGGCGUCAACUUCAGUUCCUGCAAAUCCUGAAAAGGAAAAAUGCGAAACAGCCAUUCAAAAGGUUGUAAGUCCUGAAGCAUACAUCAAACACCCACUACAAAACAAGUGGGCUCUUUGGUUUUUCAAGAAUGACAAAAGCAAAACAUGGCAAGCCAACCUCCGUCUCAUCUCUAAAUUUGACACUGUGGAAGACUUCUGGGCAUUAUACAACCACAUUCAGCUCUCAAGUAACCUGAUGUCUGGCUGUGACUAUUCGCUGUUCAAGGAUGGAAUUGAGCCCAUGUGGGAAGAUGAAAGGAACCGACGAGGUGGCCGUUGGCUGAUAACUUUGUCCAAACAGCAGCGCAAAUCAGACCUGGACCGGUUCUGGUUGGAGACGCUCUUGUGUCUGGUGGGUGAAGCUUUUGAUGACUACACUGACGACGUGUGUGGAGCUGUCAUUAACAUCCGAGCCAAAGGAGAUAAAAUAGCAAUAUGGACCACAGACUAUGAAAACAAAGAGGCCAUCACACACAUAGGGCGUGUUUAUAAAGAGAGAUUAGGCGUUCCCCCAAAAGUGAUCAUUGGAUACCAGUCACAUGCUGACACAGCCACAAAGAGUGGCUCCACAACCAAGAACAAGUUUGUUGCCUGAGGACCUUUACCCGGAAUAAUCAACCGUGCAUUUUUUUUUUUUUCAAUUGCCAACAUAGAAUUUCUGUAAUUUUUCCAUGAAUGUAAGUGACAUGUUUAUCCACCAACAAAGAUUUGAAGUGGAGAUAAAAUUGCUUCCUUUUUGUUUGCCCAUUUGUUGCCACUUUACCAAAGUUUUUGUUUAUAUAUGUGCAGUUAAAAUGUAGCACUGUUGUUUUAGAACAUAAUUAUUUUGUGGUGGUGGACUGAAGAUGAGUAAAAUAUGUUUUGAUGGCCAGUUUUCAUUUUCAAAUGCAACUGCAUAUUUUUGGUGAAUUUUUGAUUUUAGCCAGCCCUUAGUGGGUAUCAGUUAUUUACUACUUACUUAAAGUAAAAAAACUCUACUUUGGUAUAAACUGUAGCUUUUGGUUAGAACUGUACAUGCCACUUAAUUUACAGUAUAAAUGUAUGGAUUUAUUGUACAUUUUGUAGCGCGAUCAUAUUUUUAACUACACAUUGGGUUGUAACCCACACCCUCUGAGAGUGAACAGAACUUGAGUGCCAAAUUGAUAGUAACGUUUUUUCCUCCUGUUCUCAUAGAAAUGUAAGAAAAGUCAGAAUGUUUUGAGGUCUUUUGUGUAUUUAUCAGUUUGACAUAUUUAGAAGUCACUUUAUUGCCAAUGUUGCAAAUAGGACAUCUGAGUUUGAACUCUUUAGUUUCUGUGAUUCUUGAAAUUAAGAUGUUCUGCAUUUUGAAGAGUGGAAAAUGUAUUUACAUACAUAUGGUGCUUCGUACUGAGUGUCUAAAGAAUUUGAAAUUGACUUCCUUUCCACUCAAGUGAAUUACAGAUUUCGCUAAAUGGACCAGAAGCCCAGGUAAUCCUGUGUUCAUACCUGAGCUGUCAGCAUACUUUAUACUACUCAGAUAAAUAUCUAGAAUUAGCAGCUUCAGAAAUUAAAGCUUCACAGAAAGAUGUCAUGACAACAGCAUUUUGUACCACUGUAUGUCUGUAAUGAUAUUUUCCAAAUAUACAUAUUGUUAGGUACUUAGGAUUUUUGUUUUGUAAGCAGACAAGCCAUAUUACAGUGUAAAGUGUUUUCUUGAGUUUGAAAGUUUACUUUUUUGUUUGGUAUGAGUUUUGAUACUCUACUGCUAAAGUUUACAAAGUAUAAUUAUUUCCAUUCCAGAUUUUUGUAUGUGACAAGCAAAAAGUACUUUUUGGAGGGAUUGAACUGUGCCUUGAAUGUAACACCGUGCUGCGUAUUUCUGAGCAGUAAAUGUACAAAGGAUGUGAUGUAAAUAAACAUGUACAGUGGAA